CCUACGUUCUGAUGCGAUGGGUGAGUACAUUUCUGAAAUUCCAUCCAUCUGAUAUCAUCAAAGCGUCUGACAACUCAUUCCAUUUACACGGAAUAUUUGUUCACCCGCGGGCUUUUCUUGGCGAGAUUUAACAGACAGGCUACAGGGUCAUAUCCGAACACCUUACUGGCAGCGGCUGUGUGGACUUGAACCUCACUGUUUGGCGAGAAAAGUGGGUCCAACUCUUGGUGACCCCGGGGGCAAGGAAGCGUGGAAGAGUCCGCCGUUUUUGUUGUCGUUCCGGCUCCCAUAUUUACUCAACGGACCAGCCUGGAUCCACGGGUUCUGACGCAGAUCUCAAGGAUUUCGUACAGAAUCACACAGGAUAUCCUCCACGGUGUGUGGGGAGAGUUAUCCGGUGAAUGUUGGCGCGGUUUUGAGGGGUGCGUGCGACCCUGACUGACAGGUAGAAGACCCUCCCACAAUGUUUCAAGCUUGUACACGGAGGAGAAGGAAAAGGUAGCAGAUUAUUGAGGAAGUGUUGCUGAAGCAACAAUGCCAUUUGGACUGAAGUUAAAGAAGACCAAGCGAUACAAUGUUCACACGAAGAACUCGUUCGUGAUUCCCGUGCAGUUGCUGGAUAACACAGUGAUAGAAUGUACCAUCACCACGGAGAGCACCGGACGCCACUGUCUGGAGGCUGUUGGGCAGAGGUUGGAGUUACAGGAGGUGUGUUAUUUUGGGCUGCGGUAUGUGAGCAAGCGGCUGCAGCUGCAGUGGGUGGAGCUGGAGAAGCCUCUGAAGAAGCAGCUGGACAAGCUGGCACACGAACCACUGGUGUACUUUGCUGUGAUGUUCUAUGUGUCUAACGUGCAGAAACUCAACCAGGAAAUCACCAGAUACCUGUUUUACCUGCAGCUGAAGAGUGAUGUUAUUGAAGGAAGACUUCCAUGUACACCUGAGCAGGCAAUGCUGCUGGCCAGCUAUGCCAUACAAGCUGAGUUUGGAGACCAUGACAGUGAGAAGCACACCGUGGAUUUCUUCAAAGACUUCAUUCUCUUCCCUCCAGCACAGAGCCAAGAUGACACAGCCUUAGCUGACCAUGUCCGGGAAGUUAUCAAUGCCCACCAGAGGCACCGUGGGAUGGCUCCUGCCCAGGCAGAACUUGCCUACAUCCUGGAGGCCCAGCAGCUGGAUGGGUACGGACAAGAGGCUUACCCUGCCAAGGAUGAAGCAGGAAACAACCUGGAAGUUGGGGCCUCGUUUGUUGGUAUUUUUGUGAAGCAUCUGAGUGGACUGCCUACUGUCUACUUCAAAUGGCAUGAUGUAUCUAACAUUGUCCAUAACAAACGGCUGUUUGGCGUGGAGAGUGCCAAGACAGGGGAGAUUGUUCAGUUUGUCAUGGAGGAUGCAGAAAUGACCAAAUACGUGUGGAGGAUGUGUGUGCUGAAGCACAAGUUCUACCGCAUCAACAGGGCAUCUGUCAGCAAAACAGUAUGGAACGAAGUGUCGCUGGACGGCCACCGAACCAAUCUGAAGCUUUCUCCCCUGGUGAGUGUAGCCAGCCCACUGAAGAGGACCCCCACCAUCACCAAGAGAGAUGCGGCCGGCAUGUCCCCUGUCCAUGAGGAGGAUGAACAAAAUGCAGCAGAAGAAGCUGAAGCAUCGCCUGGCGAUGUGUCAUACAACUCCUCCCCCCAAGUCAGCAUUGAUUACGGCCUAUCCGGCAGCAUGGACAAUGUGCUAUCCAACAGCAUGGACAACGUGCUGUCCAGCAGCAUGGACAACGUGCUGUCCAGCAGCACAGAGUACGUCCUGUCCAACAGCAGUGACUACCUGCUGUCCAACAGCACCACCAGUGUGGACCGUCUGCGCUCCCACACGCCCGGCAUGCACAGCUACAUGAACGGCAGUGUGCCCAUGAACGGGAGCGUCUACAACUCCGCCAACUCUCUCAACCACUCACAGGUCAACAUCCACCGCGCCUCCCCCGCCUCGUCCAACCCCAGCAUCAACAGCAACACGGACGUCUCCCGGGUGGACCUGCGUCCCCAGCUGCCCGCGUACCGACCCACGCCGGACUAUGAAACUGCCGUGCGGAAUAACAGAUUACGGAGUGUGAUGGACAGUGGGCAGAGCCAGUCUCUCGUCAACCUGGGCCUGUCUGGAGUGUACAAUAACCCAGAGACGAUGGUAUACAGCCAGCCCGACAUGAUCAAACAUGAUCUGUAUUCCCAGCGGAUCGUCUCCUUCCCCCAGGAGUGCACAUUUGUGCAGUCCCCUGCAGUUUACAGCCCAAGCCAUACAAACACUGCCACAGAGACCUUCCCUCUCCACUCUGCAUCAUUCUCCCACACCGUCAGCACCCCAGAACUGGCCAAGCCAUAUACAAACAUGGCACAGAUAACUGUGAGUUCAGAGGCCCUUCUCCACCAUUACAAACCCCCGCCCCCGUACCCACGACACCAUACCAGCACACCUGACCUGGCCAUGCAGCGUUACAAGCAUCCUCAGGUGAGUAACAGCAGUCCUGACCUGCUGCCGCGGCGGAUCGUCCCGGUCCCCCGGCCACAGAUAUUCCAGGAGGAGAGCAUUCCACUGGUGCACGCCCUGCAGGAGGCCAGCAGGACGCUCGUCCGCAGCACCUCCAGUCUGAAGGACGAGCACGUCAUGCACCCCGCGGUCAACAUCGGGUCUGUUCGCGAGCUGCCCAUUCCCGAGGACGGCCCCAUCCCGCCCCCUCCCUACCCACAGAACUCUCUUCCCUCUGGAAACGGAACUCUCCUGCAGAGAGCAGACGCCAUGUUGGAUGUUUCUCAGAACUCCAUCAGGGCUGCUCCAGUCGAGCAGCAAAGUGCAAAUGUGGCCAGACCUCCCGUGCAAGACUCCCCAACAACUAACAGGCCUUCUGCCGUGUCUGAAUCACCCCAAGACCACGAGACUCCCCCUGACAGUACAUCCCCACACAGACCAGUUAUACAGGAGGUUUCAGUCAUCGUACAUGAACCUUCACCACCUGUACAUGUUGUAAACUGUGAUCCUCCAUCUCCUGACCAAAGUAGCUCCAGCCCAGAAGUAGAGGAAGCGCCCGUCCCGCCGCCACGCCACCGGAAGCGGCCGGUGUCGCUGGUGGACAUCGGCGUGGGGACAGACCAGGAGCUCAGCAACGAGAGCCUGGUGCACGUGGGUCGGGGGUCAGAGGAGUGUGUCACCAGCGGGUACAGCACGUCCAAUGAUUCUGACCAGGAGGAGGUCAAGAGAAUAGAGAAGUCGUCUUCAGGUUCCAAGGAGGACGACAUGAGGAAGAUAGGCCCUCUGAAGUUGGCAGCCAUGAACGGGCUGACCAUCGCAACCCUUCCCCGUGCCAGCAAAAAGGGGGUCAGGAAGGACCCCACGGGAUGAGAGAAUACAAAGGCUAGAGGAGUGUGCCGAGGAUGGAGUUGUGUUCACAGAGUUCUCCAAAGUCCAUAAGAAGAAGGAACCAGCCAUCUUCAUGACCGCGCAGAAACCAGA